AUGACCAGACCCCAGAUGAUUCGCGCAGACACUAUUGAUCUACAAAGUCACGACACGCCUUCUGCUAAGAAACACAAAUCUCCUUCGUCGAACGCAGCGCCGAACGGGUCACUCGCGCCGCACCAGGCUGAGACUUUGCGCGAAGUUGAAGACGACAGGGCUGGCGAGGAAGCUCGAAGUCCUAGGAUCUCGUGGACCGAUGGUGAUAACAGUAGCGAUUUGCAGCAAUACGCCGAACAACUCGCGAACUCCUUGAAUGGCAACAAGAUGCAAUCCGAAGAUGCGCUCGCAAUCGCGCAGAAUGGAGGCAUCGUGGGGAAUGGCUCCGACGAUGGCGACAUGGACGCCGACGCGGGUGAUGACCUUGAUGAUGACAUGAUGGAUAAGAUUUCGAGUUCUCCUUCAAUUGAAGAUGGUGGGUACACCCUUCCGCCUCCUGCUUGGCCACGGCGCGUCGACUCGCUACGUCCUCUGGCCCUGCAUUCCGUUUCCCUCAACUUUCCAGCACCCAGCGAGAUGAGACUACCUUCACCGUGUCUCGAAUCCGCUGAACACCCAUCUAUACAACCCCCAGAUCAGCAGGCAAGCAAGGCUUCUGCUUACAAGUCAAAUUGUCAUCAUCCUUUUCCUGACGAAACAGGACGGUAUAUCGAAAAGGGGAACAUCGACCAACGCGUUACCUCCGAGUCACAAUCAAAGACCGUGAACUUCUCUUUGAAACGUCAAUCGAGCGCGCAAACUAUCGAGACCGAGCUAGACGAAGAACAAUUCGCCAUUUCGCCAUAUUAUCUACUUCCUUAUGAUGCCUCCGAAGAGGAUGAUGAUGACCAUGACAAUAUUUCUUUGACCACUAAUACUAGAUUCCUUGAUGUUGGUUGGGGUGGUAAAGACUUACAAGACUUAGAGGACAUCGAUUUCGAGUUCGUUUACGCUCUCCACACUUUCGUCGCUACGGUCGAGGGUCAGGCCAAUGCUACCAAAGGCGACACCAUGGUGCUGCUGGACGAUAGCAAUAGUUACUGGUGGCUUGUAAGGGUGGUUAAGGAUAGUAGCAUAGGAUACUUACCAGCAGAACACAUCGAGACGCCUACUGAAAGGCUAGCACGUCUCAACAAGCAUCGGAACAUCGACUUAUCGGCAACAAUGCUUGGCGACCAGGCAGAGAAGACCAAGGGCACUGCUAUAAAGACUGCCAUAAGGAGAAGAAAGAAAACCGUCACUUUCACGGCUCCCACUUAUGUUGAUUAUUCCGACCCCGAGUUUUCCAGUGACGAGGAUGACGAGGAUAGCGAAAAGGAACUCGAAGAGCAGGGUUCACAGCACCAGAAGCAAGAGCAGAAAGAGUCUGCCGAUGAUGUCUCUGAUGAUGAAUCCGCAAAGGUGGAACCGCUCAAGCCUAGGGGUCUACAGAAACAGGUCAAAUCGGACUCUACUAAGACCGACGACAAGGACAGUACGCUGUCGCCUGUUCAAAAUGACCGCAGGGAUAGCAGCGAUAUUUUCGAUCAUAAGGGUGAGCGGGUUACAAGGAACGGUACUGUUAGGAACACGGAUUCUUUCUUCAAGGAUGAGACGAUAGAGACUAAGAAGAUCACGUUGACUCCUGGUCUGUUACGGGACGAUAACGAGCCCCGUAUCUCAAGCGACUCGAAGGAGUCACUGCGGCUACGACCAAGUUUGGACAAAGAGCUUACGCCUGACAGAAACAAGGACGAUAAGAAGAAGCGAGAGAAGGAUAAAAAGGAGAAAGAAAAGAAGCCAAGCGCGAUUCGGAGUUUCUUCUCGAGGAAGGAUAAGAAAAAGUCCCUUGAUGAUGACGACGAUUCGUUUGGCAAGAGGUCCCUGGAUGUCGCUGCUGAAAUAACGGAGAAGGAAGCGGAUGAAGCGCACGCAGCCGACGCGGACCUGUCGUCUGAAAAGGCUAACGGACCUCAGCGGAACACAAGCAAACUUCAGAAACAUCAGCCCAGGACCGACUCUUCGCCCAAUCGCAAACCUGCCAUCGCGCCGUUACAGGUUGGUUCGGAGCGCGGUCCUAUGCUGGCGUCAGAAGCUAGAAGUAACAAUGUAGCGAACGUACCGCCGGCGACACUAAGGAUAGUGGAGUCUGAUCGGCUUGAAAGUCCAGACCGAUCAUCUCAGAAGAAUGAGAAGGGCGGCUCGAGGUCGGUCGUCACGAAGGAAAGCAAGCCACAGAAGGUUACCAAAGCGAAGUCAAGACUUGAGCUCGAUGACUUCGAUUCGCCCGAGGAAGAUGAAAUUGCGUCACAAUCGGUCAGGACACCUCCGGAAUCCACACGGCAACCUCCCGAGACGAAGCAAACGCGACCAACUCUGCCGGGAACAUACCCAGAUAGUUAUGUCAGCACUCAAACGUCAGUAUCGGAGCUCAGUGACCAAACAGUAAAGCCCCAACGCCCCAUCGACGAAGAGCGGCUCUCGGAAUCUCCUGUUCAGGUCUCGCCCGUCAUGUCAUCGAAUCCGCCUGCUCUCAUGGUCGAUACUUCUAGUCAGGAAGGCCAGUCAUCUCCUGCAUCAUCUCCAUCGCCAGAGCUAGUAGAUACGGACAACAGGACUCACGGAAAGCAAGACUCGGUGGCGACAUCGACGUCAGCAGCGACUACGCCGACUUGGAACGACGCCAACCUUCGCGCAUUCUUCGACUCGGGCACCGAUAUCCGGGAUCUGCUGGCCAUCGUCUACGACAAGAACGACGUGGCGCCCGCGGGCCCCGAACAUCCUGUUAUUGGCUCUCUGUUCCGUGAGCAGAAUGCAAGAUUAGCUGAAAUUACGACGCAAUUGGAUAAUAUGCUCGGGGACUGGUUAGCCCGCAAGCAACGGCUUCGAGGCACGGUGUAG